CCUGCUAGUCAAUUGAGUGCCCUUCAUUGGUUCUCUCAUAUUUGUUGGGGUUAGGGAGCGCAGCUUCCAGAGAUAGCGCGGAUGUAGUAAUCGGACCCGACACUCCGAUAACUGAGUCGGAUGGGAGAGAGCCUUGGCACGUGUAGCUAUACCUGCCUACCUGCAUUAUAUCGCCUCUAAAUCGCAAUGGACGGGCGCCGUUAGCAACCCCGUCCAGAAAACAUCUCUCGGAUUUUCUUCUUCAUCUUCUUACCUCACCCACGCUUACUCUUUUUUAACAUAUUAGCACCCUACGAUCAGGGGGGGGGCAAUGGCGGCGCGGCACUCCGUCGUCCAACUCUCGCGCAGAGCAGCUGGGACUGCUGCCGCUAAUCCUAUAUACCUCGGGGCCCGGCUAUCGAAGAACAACGCAACGCAGAAAAGGCCUCUGGCCACUCUGGUGCCGCCAGUUACGCAGGAUGCGACUGGAUCGAAAGGCCCGACCGCCAUGGUCUUCUUGAACAUGGGCGGCCCCUCGACGGUGGAUGAGGUUGGCGACUUUCUCAGCCGUCUCUUUGCAGACAGCGAUCUGAUACCACUAGGUCGCCUGCAAAAUUACCUCGGGCCCCUUAUCUCGCACCGAAGAACGCCGAAGAUCCAGAAACAAUACGCCGAGAUUGGGGGCGGCUCCCCCAUUCGAAAAUGGUCCGAGUAUCAGAAUAGAGAGAUGUGCAAGAUUCUGGACCGUAUAUCGCCCGAGACGGCGCCCCAUAAGCCUUACGUCGCGUUCCGCUACGCCAAUCCCCUGACGGAAGAUACGUACAAGGAGAUGCUCGCCGACGGCUUCGGCAACGGCAGAGGGGGAAGGGCAGUAGCAUUCACGCAAUACCCGCAAUACUCCUGCUCCACGACGGGCAGCAGUCUAAACGAGCUGUGGAAGUGGCGGCAGCGAUUAGAAGGAAAAGCCGGGCCUGGCGCCAUCCAAUGGAGCGUCAUCGACAGGUGGCCGGUUCAUCCGGGCCUAGUUAACGCAUUUGCUAGCAACAUCGAGAAGACCCUCGCCGAGUACCCGCAGGACCGACGCGGCCAGGUUGUCCUACUCUUCUCCGCUCACAGCCUGCCCAUGUCGGUUGUAAACCGAGGUAAGAACCAGCUAUCAAAAUCCCAGGCGAGCUGUCAGACUCGGGAGCUAAUACUAUGGCAAGGGGACCCCUAUCCGGCCGAAGUUGCCGCGACAGUAUACGCUGUCAUGCAACGGCUGAAAUUCUGCAACCCGUAUAGACUAUGCUGGCAAUCGCAGGUCGGGCCGCAGCCGUGGCUCGGGCCCCAAACCCAGAUGUCUGUGGAGGAAUACAUCGCGAAGGGACAGAAAGACCUCAUACUCAUCCCCGUAGCAUUUACCUCGGACCACAUCGAGACGCUUUUCGAGCUUGACAAGGAGGUGAUUGGGGAGUCGGGCCACGGAGACACAAUCAAGCGGGUGGAGAGCCUCAACGGCAGCCCGAUCUUUAUAGAUGGCCUUGCGGAUAUUGCCAAAGCCCACCUGGACAGCGGCAUCGCAUGCUCGUACCAGAUGGGCCUGAGAUGCCCCGGCUGCAAGAGCCAGCGGUGCGUCGAGUCGAAGAAAUUCUUUAUCGGACAGGAGAACGCGCUUGUGAUGUAGGAUGGGGGGGAUUUUUUAUUAGGCUUUCCUCUCCACUAGACUUAGGUUCUACAGCACGGGCCUGAGAGGUCGUCUACACGCACAGUGUAUAUAUGGUUACGAGAUUAAAAAAAUGGACACGCGAUUAGGGGGGGUAGGGGACUGGGAAGGAGUGUCGUACGGGAAUUACAUGUUUUGGUAUUUAAUAUCUCUACCAACUUCACUCCUGUGAUUGACGGGCUCGACCGUAAGCUUGCCGAUCACAUUUCGAUGAUCAACCUUGUCUACAAUCUGUCCCUCAUCCACACUCGAUCGGCUCAUACGACCGACUGGGAUGGGCCUGGUGACAACCCAGGCGGGGCUUGCAGGUAGGUCUCGGAAGGCAGCUAGAAAGCAAGGAGA